CCCACAAAUUAUACUACUACUACUUCUAUCUAUCUAACUCUCUUCUUACUCCUCUUUUUCCUCUUUUCUUCUUUCAGUCUUCACCAAACACACCAUAUACUCCCCAGUCUGGCAGUUCCCACAAACAGAAGCCUUAGCUCCUAGCUCAUAAAGACAACAAAGAAUGGGAAACGCCCUCAGAUUUCUGUACAAGAAUUGCUCCCAGCCUACCACCACCGAGUCGCAGUCGCUUGGUCCCCACGGCGUUUCCGCCCAAAACGUCGGAGUUUCUGCCUUAGCUCAUGAUAUCCUCCACUUUGAGGUCACAUCCCAGGUACCUGAAGGUCUCAGUAAGCAUGUUGUAUCCUCAAAGAAAGCUCAAUCUAACUGGUAUAAGAAGCUUCUACAAGCAUGGAAGCAAGCCAAGCCCCCACCAAGAACCCCUGAGGAAACAGCAAGGCUCGUCAUUGAAACCUUGAAACGGCACCAGAAGGCAGAUGUUGAGGGCUUACUUGCCUUCUAUGGCUUGCCUUUACCUCAUACACUAGUCGAACUGUCCACUGGAGCGCCAUCCACAUUGCCUAAUGGGGUGAAGUACGAGCUCCAUACUUUACCCGUGGAUGUAAAGGCAGUAGCAGAUGGAGAUACCAUAACUGUGUAUGUCAGUACUACAGAUCCUCGAGAAUCGUCUUCAGUUCCUAAAGAAGUGCAGCUUGCAGCAAUUCAAAGGUCAAAAGCACGUGCUGAGAGAAAUUAUCCCAAGGCAGAUGCACUUCAUAAGAAAAUAACAGAUCAAAAUUACAGGGUUAUAAAUAUUCAAAAUGAGGAGAUUCUAGCGAAGAAGUAUCGGAUUCGUUUAAGGGGAAUAGAUGCACCUGAGAGUGCAAUGCCAUAUGGGAAGCAGGCGAAAGAGGAGCUGGCUAAUCUUGUACAAGGAAAAUGCGUAAGGAUUCUUGUCUAUGAACAAGACCGUUAUGGUCGCUAUGUAGGUGAUGUAUACUGCAAUGACAUAUUUGCACAGGAAGUGAUGCUGAAGAAAGGACUUGCAUGGCACUACACAGCCUAUGAUCGCCGUACAGAACUAGCUAAUUGGGAAAAAGAGGCACGGGCUAAGCGAGUUGGGCUAUGGGCUUCAAAAAAUCCAGAAGAGCCAUGGGAAUGGAGAAAAGACCAGCGGGAAGGAAGAUAGAGAACUGCUAGUGAAAGUGAGAAACAAGGUGCACUUCCACAACUUUGAUGGAAGCAGCGUUAAAGAAGACAAAAGACAAACAAAGUAAUCAGAGGAGUCUCCCCUUCAAAAAAAAAAAAAAAAAAGUAAUCAGAGGACUUAUUUGUACAGCAUGCAAUGCUAAUUGAAUAUUAUGUAAAACCUAUUGCUAUUUGCCGUCGGUAUUUACUAAAAUCACCUGUAAUUUUUCCUUUAAAUACCCCCGAUACCCCUCCCUUUCACCCUACUCUUACUCUCUCACCUCUCAUCCAACUUCACCUCACCUCUCGCACUACCAAAUACUCCUGUGUUUAAGCAUUAUCUUAUUGGUAGUAAUAAACAAGCAUGAAUAUAGAAGGGUACAAAAGAAAUUGGAAAUUUUGGUCAGCAA